AUGGAUAUGAUGACGCAAUGCAACCGGGACGGGAAUUACCGAACUGAGAACGAAUCUUCGGAGUAACACCGCCUAACGGUGACCGAACAGGGGGAGGUCUGAUGCCACUGCUAUUUAAACCCCGAUUUGUAGCUAACAUUCUGUGAAAAGUAUUGCCCUUCUUGUGAAUGGGCUUGGAAGAUUUUGCUAUAUCGUUGCAAAACACAGACGGAAAUGCAAAGCACUGCUUACCAAAAGCCACAGUUCGGCAAGUGGCUGAUAGAUCAGAUUAACAGUGGCCAGUACCCAGGGCUGGAGUGGGUGGACAAAGACCGGUUCCGCAUCCCUUGGAAACACAACUCCAGGAAAGACUGCAGUGAUGAUGACUGUAUGAUAUUCAAGGCUUGGGCUAUAGCCAGUGAGAAAUUUCAUGAAAAUCAAAAUGACAAAUCCAAAUGGAAAACUAACUUCCGCUGUGCCUUAAACAGCCUGAAGAACUUUAUAAAGACAGAAGACAAGUCAAAAGAGUCAGGUGAUCCAUACAAAGUCUACCAGAUUUUAGAAACGCCAACUAACUACAUGAGUGCCGUUAAAGAGGACGAGACUGUGCAGCAAUAUGUCAACCCCCAGCCUUCCCCAGCUCCUGUCAUGUACCAGAACCAGCUUGUACCACAGUAUCUACAACCCAAGGAUGUGCAGCAAGAAUUGCUGAACGAGCAGCUGCACACACUGAAUAUUGGAACUCAGUACCCAGAUGACUCGCAGUGGAAUCAACUACCCACCUAUGGUAUUCCUGCUGAGGAAUAUCCCAUUGAGUCUGUACCCUACACACAAGAUGAAGUCUCUCAGAAUGCAAUUCCAAAUAUUAUCCCAGAGCACCGCUACUAUGCCGAAAAUGAACUCCUCCUGCCUGAUUUGAACGAUUUGGAGAUUACCAUCUACUAUCGGAAGCAGACAGUGCUGUUCACACAACUACGAGGCCCCAAAGUACAGCUCCACUACAACAAGGAGGACCCCAGCCUGGGCCCAGAGGGGCUUGUGUGCUUCCCUGGGACAGAGCUGCUCGUGGACCACAGGCAGAUUAAGUACACCCAGAAGCUCCUCAACAGCAUCCAGAGAGGCCUGCUCCUGGAGGUCAAACCGAAGGGCAUCUACGGGACGCGGCUGGAUAAGUGCCACGUGUACACGGCCCAUAACACACCUGUGAUCGAGGAGCCAAGCAAGUUACCCAGCAACAGAGAGGUGGAGCUUCUAAGCUUCCAAAAAUACUUAAAAGAUUUAUUUGAUUUUAAAGAAAACAAGAGCGGCUCUCCAGAUUAUGCAAUUUUUCUUUGCUUCGGGGAGAAGUUUCCUGACGAGAAACCAAGGGACAAGAAAUUAAUCAUAGUGAAGGUCGUCCCCCUAUUCUGCCGAUUUUGGCACGAAAUGGCUCAGAGAGAUGGGGCGUCCUCCUUACAGAGCGACAACAUCAGCUUGCAGUUAUCCAACAACAGCCUGUAUGAAUUCAUCAAUUCAUAUUUGCCUGACCUGGAAAUGUUUUCUGUCUAAAGUUGUAUUGGAAAUUGAAUAGAAAAACAAAUGGGGGAAAAAUCAGUUUUUAUUGCUCAGCAGACAGCCUCUCUUGUUGCUGUCUCUCUUGUCCUAUCCAUAACUCGUAGCAGUAAAGCUGUUUGCUGCUUUGUAGUAGCAGUGGACUAGUCUUAUAUAAUAGAGUGUACUCUUCAAUUCCAUUUAAUGUAACCCUGAUAAUUGAAUGGGUUUCAUACUAAUAGUUCAAGAUAAAUACAUGUUUUAAGUGUGUGUGUGUGUGUGUGUAAUGAAAAUAUAAAUGUCAAGUUUGGGUAUUGGUGGUAACCCUAUCCAAAAUUGUCUCAAGCACACUGCACUGAAUAUGCAUAUGCACUAUUAUAGAAUUUUAAAUUGAACUGCAGGGCCAGUAUACUUGACCCAUACACAGAGAAAGUCAAAAAGUUUGAACUUCUUUUAAACAAAACCAAAAAAAAAGGUGAUCUAUAAUUCUAAGUUUGUGAGCGUACAAAUACCCAUUCUGUCUUUCACAUUAUUGGAGACUCAGGACAACAGCUCAGCCAGUAGAGCAUUUGCACUGGAAGCGAAAGGCUCAGGUUUGAUUCCUGAUUCUGCUACCACUGUAUCGUGUGACUAUUUCCAAUAGCACACACUGAUAUAAUCCAAGAUUAAAAGGUGCACAGUAGUUUAGUGUAACAAAAUGCAUUAAAUGUAAUAGGGUAAAUGUGUCUGUAGCACAAUGGUCUGAGCCAGUGAGGUGGUACAGCACGCUUCCAAGUACAUACCCUUCUAAACAGUGCUAUAGUAUGGAAGAAUAGUGGUCAGAACAUUAUAGUUUAUUAUUAAACCCUUACACUGAAACUUCGAACCCCUAUUAGCUAAUACCAAACUGGCCACACUAUAGUGUCAAAAAACUAUCGCCCUCUGAUAUCACUCAGCAGUCAAUAGUUAAACUAGUCUGACAUCAUACUGUAGGUUUAAUAAAACAAUUUUCAACUAAUAGUGGAAAGAUAAUUCCCCUUGGGUUGAAACAGUGACCUUUAGUAAGGUUACGGCCUCCAGUUAUUGUCUGAGUUGCCUUUUUCAAUCCACUGGGUAGUAGUUUUUCACUAUAUAGUAUACUAUACUAUAGUAUUUUGUCUGUUAUAUUGAGGUAUAGUGUUUUGACCACUACUAUAAUAUUAUUGUAUUUUAUAUGGGCAGAACCCUGCUAUCUGGCAACUUUAAAAGCUACUUAGAUUUGCUUAAAUGAGGCAUACUGAAAAAGGGAGCUGGACCUCCCACAGUACUUAAACAAAUUUUCUUCUUGUGAAGAAUAAAUGAUAAGCACUAUUUUGUUACAUACCUUGAAAACGGUACAUUUUUUUAAAUGCCCUAUAUGGACACGUUUAAUUCUCAACUUGCUGACCAGGCGUAUGGUUAUAAAGUUGUUUUACUGCUAUGCCAACUAUGGGAUUAGCAACCCAUGAAGCAAUUAUUAUAAGUAUUUUAAUACAGUAUGAGGAAGAACAUAUUUUACUCAGACUGUCAUUUCUCCUACUAGAAUAAUUUUUUUGUUUUACUUUGAGUCUUAUCUGUGUUUGUUUGCUGCUUUGGUGUAUAAGGCUUUUGUUGUAAAGAUAAAAUAAAGAUGAAUUGCAGGUU